AUGAUAUGUUUGAAGUCCAAAGAAACGCUCACUACAGACAGCAAAGAAAUGGCCAUCAACCAGCAGCCAGGCCACGUCGUGACCAUGACCAGCACCACCGGUCCUGGGAACUGGAGCACUGGCUUGUGUGACUGCUGCCAUGAUAUGGGCACAUGUUGCUUCGGCUACUGGUGCUUCUGCUGUAUGCAGUGUCAAACAGCCAAAUUGUACGGCUGGUGCUGUGCCAUGCCGUGUCUGGACUACUGUGGCGUGGUGAGCUGUAUCCUCAGAGGCAACAUCAGGGAGCGCCACAACAUCCCCGGCUCUUUCUGUGACGACUGCUGCAAGACCCUCUGGUGCUACCCCUGUGUUUGGUGCCAGAUGAACCGUGAGCUGAAAAUCAGGAAAAACCAAAGUACCAGCAGCACUGUUUUUGUCACCCACUCCUAA